AUGGGCAGAAAGAUCAAAUUGAAACGCGCUCUUGAGCUUGACGUGAUCGAUUUUGCCGAGAACACAAGCGCUCAUGGAAUCCCGAGGGCCUACGUCUCCGUCGGAUUCCGACGAUACCUCUGGCUCUCAUUUUUCCUCAUUUGCCUAUUCGCCUUCGGCUAUCAAGCCUAUUUGAUUAUUGUCCGAUUCAACAGGAAUGAUAUAAUUGUUGGUGUGGAGAUCAAAUUCGAGGAGAUCAAAUUUCCGGCGGUUACUGUGUGCAAUAUGAACCCGUAUAAGAAUUCGGCGGCUCGCGAAAUUGGCAGCAUUCGGAAUGCGCUCGAAGCGUUUGAACUCGCCAUUGACAAAACGGAUGAGGCAAUUCAUAAGCGAAAAAAGCGCGGAUUGCGCAAUCGCCGAAUUGCGCCGAUAUCAAGCAUGUGCGUCGACGUGAACGGCUACUUUCAAUCGAGUCCGCUCGGCUACAUUCAUUGCACAUGCGAGGGAUUCGUCGACGAGCACGACCAUCUUUGGAAUUGUCGACCGCAACACAAAUGGACGCAUCGGGUUGCCGAGAUCAACGCCGACGGCACAAUCGCGACAAAUCAAUGCGUCGACGGCUACUGUGUUCCGGAUAGCGAUCGAAAGUUUCUCGCGUGGCCGCUUCAAAUCGACCGCCAAAACGAGACCGCCUGCAUUUCGGUUGUCGAUGCCUCAUCGACGGCUCCCAGCUACUGCACACGCGUCAGUUUGCUGUCGGUGAAGGCGUGCACGAAUUGCGAUUGGCUGUCAAGAUGCGAGCCCGGCGAUCCGGAUGAUCCCAAUCAGUGCAUGUGCGAUGAAACGAAUUGCUUCAAACUCAAGAGUUUGGCGAGGAAGCGCGCGAAACGCGAGCGAGUUCACGAGAAAUUGCUGAGCCGCUAUGAUGGCCUCCUCGCGGUGUACUCGCAUUGCAGCUGCACCCAACAGCACGGAUGUGUGUCGAUGAAUGAAGGCCACACGAAUCAGACAUGCUUGUGCUUCUACAACAAGAAGAACGGACAAGUCUGGCCGUGCUACAAGGAGGACGAUUGGGAGGAGAGGAGAUGCGGCAAAUGCAACACGUUCGGCGAUUGUGUGUUCACCGAGAAGCCGCGAAAGAACAGCAACGCGUGCUUGUGCGCGGUGCCGAUCCACAUGUGCGUUCGCGUCGAUACGCCGCAAAUGAAUCAGACGUUGGAUGAGCGAGUGGUGAAAUUCUGGGACAUUCUGCCAUCCACCACGAUGUCGCCGAAGAUCAAGAAGAAGCAAGACCGCGACAAAGCCUAUGGCUACUCGGGUGUCAAAGAUCGCAUUGCGCUUCGCGCCAAAGCCAUGGAGAAUAUCAUUUUUGCCGUCGACGCGCUCACCGAAGAGCAGAAAUGGAAAAUAUCGUAUAACAAAUCGGAUUUCAUUCAAAAGUGCUCGUUCAAUGGAAGAGAGUGUCACGUGAAAAACGAUUUCGUCGAGUACUUGGAUCCGACGUAUGGCGCGUGCUUCACCUAUGGUUUGCGAAUGGGAAACGCGACGAACGAACGCUCGGGACCAUCGUACGGAUUGCGUCUCGAGGUGUUUGUGAACGUCACCGAAUAUCUGCCGACGACCGAAGCCGCCGGCGUUCGCCUCACCGUGCACUCGAUUGGCGAGCAGCCGUUUCCCGACGCCGCCGGCUUCUCGGCGCCGACGGGCUUCGUGAGCAGCUUCGGAAUUCGAAUGAAAUCAAUGACGCGUCUUCCGGCGCCGUACGGCGAUUGUGUGAAGGAGGGAAAAACUGCGGAUUUCAUCUACACCGACAAAUCGUAUAAUACGGAGGGAUGUCAGAGGAGUUGCAUUCAGAAGCAUUUGGCGCAGACGUGCGGAUGCGGCGAUCCGAGAUUCCCGCCAUAUCGCGAAACGAAAAAUUGCGCCGUCGAUGAUCCUUAUAAAAGAGAAUGCAUCAAACGCGAAAUGCAUGUGGCGACGCGAAAUUCAAAAAAGUUGGGCUGUGUAUGCAAACAGCCAUGCAACCAAGAAGUCUACUCGGUGUCGUAUUCGGCGUCGCGAUGGCCGGCGGUCGCCGGCGAUUUGUCGGGAUGUCCGCUCGGCAUGCCGGCCCACCAUUGUCUCAAUUAUAAGCGCGAGCAGGGCUCGAUGAUUGAGGUCUACUUCGAGCAGCUCAAUUAUGAGUCGCUGCUGGAAAGCGAGGCGUACGGGCUACCGAAUUUGCUUUCCGAUUUCGGCGGACAAUUGGGAUUGUGGAUGGGCGUCAGCGUGAUCACCAUCAUGGAGGUCGGAAUCUUCAUAUUCGACAUGUUCACCUCAAUCGCCGGCCUCAAACGGAAUCGGCAGCGUCCGGCGCGCAAGUCAGUCACAUCGAUGCGAUGCUCCGGUGAAUACAAAGACGGGAUCUAG